AUGUCUUCCAACAGACUUGGGCUCUGUUUGGCUGCCUGCUCACUAAAUAUUUCAGAAGCCAGGAGAAAAUACAUCACUGUAAGCACAGCAAAAGCAGCUCUUCUUGGAAAAUAAAACAGGGAAAAGCAUUGUGAAGUAGUAGUAUUCAAUAUGUUUUCUAAUCAAGAAUGCAGCAUUGUUCCAGCUGCCUAUUUGGAAGUUAUCCAGGCUAUGGAUACAGAGAUUAGAGAGGGCGUUCACGUUUGCCUGGGAGCAGUGAACCUUACCCCUACUUAUCCUCUCUCUGGUGUUAGAGUGGAAGAGUGGCCAGGAAAGUUGGAGAACUUCUGCAAUAAGGGGGAAAUCAAGCAGAUGUAA